GAGAGGUCGGACAUCAGGACAGACAGACGGACUCCAGACUAAAGCUGCUGAUCUUAAACCAGACCUCCACCACCACCACCACCACCGUCAGGAUGUUGUGUCCCAGCGUCUUCCAGCCGUCCCCCGUCACCAUGAGGCCUUUCCUGGACCUGCACUGGCCCGUCCGCAGCCUGUGGCCCGAGACCCGGCCGCUCUUCUACCACCUCGAGCAGGAGAUGAUCCGCCACAUGCAGGAGAUGAGGCAGAGCAUGGAGUACAUGGAGAGGCUGCACCAGAAGAUCUUCGAGGAGAUCGACCAGACCUCGUCCUCUAUGGGGGUCUUCAAGCCCAUCGCCUUCCAGGAGCUGGGGAGGGACGGCAGCAGCUUCGCCCUCAGCCUGGACACUAAGGAGUUUUCCCCGGAGGAGCUGUCAGUCAAACAAGUGGGCAGGAAACUGAGGGUGAGCGGCAGGACGGAGAAGAAGGAGGAGAACGAGAAGGGCUCCUACUCCUACAGGUGUCAGGAGUUCAGGCAGGAGUUUGACCUGCCGGACGGCGUUGCCCCCGAGGCCGUCACCUGCUCGCUGGUGGGCGGCCGGCUGCAGAUCCAGGCCCCCCGGGAGAGAGCGGUGAAUGAUGGGAAGGAGAGGGUCGUCCCCAUCAGCGUCACCUCGGCCCCGGCCAUCACCUCCUCCGGCGGGGGGCCGGAGGGCAGCAGCUCCUCCUCCUCCUCCUCCUCCUCCGAGAGCUGCCCUGCUGAGAAAAACUGAAAACAGAGUGAACCAUCGCAUCUAUUCCCCGAUCUCUGAUGUUGUUGUUGUAUCUGAUGGACGGAGGGAACAUUAAGCCGAGACGCGUUACUUGCACUCUGAUUUUUAACAGUUGUUUCUGAUAAACUUAUUGUUUUAUGUGAUGUUUCAAGUUUUAUUUAUUUUAGUCAAACUGUUUAGUUUCCUGUCCGUCAUGUGGCGAACAAACAUCUUUUUCUCAUAAUUAUGACUUUGUCGAAAAUAUGAAAAACAUAUUUGUCUCGUGUUUUAAUUACUAGCUGACAGCGUAGCAUAAUGAUGUCCUGCGUGAUAUUUUUCUAACAUUAAUAUUGAGCUGCAUGCUUAUAAACUAUUUCAACAACUUAUACAUUUUUAAUCUUAUAUUCAUUUUUAGGGUGACAUCUGUUCAUCAUUACAGCAGUUUACAACAAUGCUUAUUAAUGUGCACUGUCCCUGUUUAAUAAAACAAUUAUUUAUCACUAAUCUCAUCAUGAGAUGUAAAAAAAAAAAAAUAAUUGUGACUUUUUCAUAAAGCGGUUUUAUUCUCAUAUUGACUUAUUUCUCAUAAAAUUGGUGUUUUUCCUCGUAAAAAUGUCACUUUAUUCUCAUAAUAUUGAGACUCGUCUCAUUUUAUUUACCUUUUUCCUCAUAGACUCAUUAACUAUAUUCUCAUAUCAUGAUUAUUCUCCUAAAAGUGUGACUUUUUCCUCUUUUUAUUUUCAUAUUACGACAAUUCUCAAAAAAAUGGCAACUCUUGCUUCAUAACAUGACUUUCUCAUUAAAAUUGCAACUUUAUUCUUAAAAUUGCAGCGAAACUCUCAUAUCACGAUUAUUCUCAAACGAUUUCGUCAUGACUCAGAUGUGUGACUUUAUUCUCACAUCAAAACUUCUCACUUUUAAACAGCAUCAUAAAAGAAAUAGCUUCCUGUUGACCUGCUGUGUUUACGGAUGCAAACAAACCUUGAACAGCAACAGAGAAUAUUAAUAACUGAUUCAGUUGUUUGUCCUUGUAUUAAAAUACCUGUCGAUCAAUGCGAGACCGACAGCAGCAUCCAACCCUUGACGUUUGGUGAUGGGUGGGGCUCACGGCUAAACCUGUAGUUUUUGGACUAAAACAUACAAAACCAGCGGUAUGCUCCUUUAAUCGUGACCGUAAGGGGUGUACCAACACUUUCCCGAAAUUUUAAAUGAACUGGUUUCUGACAGACUUGAUGGGAGUGAUGGCAAUAAAACACAGGACACCAGUCUUCCCCUUUCUUUGUAAAAUAAUUCUCAAUAAACUUAAUUUAUUCACAAACGCUUUUCAAAUUGCCAUGUUGUCAUUGUUCUUUUUUUUUAAUCACAUACAAUAAAAAACAUUUCUAAAAGACAAGA